AUGAUUCAGUUGCUACCCAGAAAUAAUUCAUCAAAUGAACUAUUUACUAAUAUUGAUUUAAAUCAAAAUAAUGAUUUCUCAUCGAUUUUAUUAAUACGAUCUAAUGGUAAUAAACAUUAUUUACCAGUGAAAUAUCCUAAUACAAUUUAUAAAUGGUAUGAAAAUAUAUUAAUACAUUUAGAAAAGAAUAAAUUUCUUCAAUGGACAUUAAUUACUAUAUCAGAUUAUGAAGAAUGUAUUGGUUUGAAAUUAAUUCAAUGGAAUAAUCAAUUGAUUACAUUAAUUAAACAAAUAGCACCGAUUUUACAACAAAUUGAUUUAUCCUAUUUAAAAUUGAAUGGAAUUCCAUCAGAUUUGUUAUUACAUUUUUCUACACGUUUAUUUUCAUUAAAUCUUAGUUAUAAUCAAAUUGAAAUGAAUAUUUUUCAUGAAAUUAAAUCAGUCUAUUUAUGGUAUAAAAAACAGAAACAUAAUGAGAAUACAGUAAAACAAGAUUUAUGUUGGAUUCAAACUAUCAAUGAAAUAUACUUAGAUCAUAAUAAACUUGAAGAUCAAUUUCCUUAUGAAAUAUCUAAUUAUAUGAUUGGAUUACGAAGACUCUAUAUUCAAAACAAUGGAAUAACAAGUUUAAAAGGUUUAAAUGGUCUUACACAACUACAAGUGUUAAGAGCUGAUUUUAAUAAAAUUGCCAGUUUACAUGAUGAUUUCUUUUCAUUGAAAAAAAUUGAAUAUGUAUAUCUUUCACAUAACUAUAUUACACAACCGAUAUCUGGUACACGUUUAAAGUACUUAAACCAUCUAAAAGUGAUUGAUUUAUCAUAUAAUGGUUUGUCUUUUUUACCUACUGUCAUAUUCAGUCUACCAUGUUUACAAACAUUAAAAGUUGAUCACAACAAUAUAACAAAUUUGCCUACAUUAAGAUCAAAUUGUAGGAUUUCUAAAGAACCAAUCCAACAGAUUGAUCUUUCACAUAAUCAAAUUAAUGCAAUAUCUGAUGGUUUAUUUAAAAUAACAAAACAGUUAGAUUUAAGUAAAAACAAAUUACGAAUGUUUCCUGCUAGUUUACUUAAAAUGAUUGCAAAUAUGGCUCAAUUAAAAAAGAUGAAACCAUCAGAAAUGAUUAAACUUGAUUUAAAUGAUAAUCCAAUUAUAUGGCCACCAUAUAAUAUUAUUGAAUGUGGCAUUGAUGCAAUGAUUCAAUAUUUUAUAGAAUCAAGAACUGAAUUACAAUCAUAUUAUGGUAUUAAAAUAAUGUUAUUAGGUGAUAUAAAUUGUGGUAAAUCUAGUUUAGCUAUGAGUAUAGUAGAUAAACAAAUACAUAUGACAGAAAGUAUAGAAGAAACAACUUAUAGUAUCGAAUCAUAUACUAUACAUUAUGAUGCCAUUGAAUUAACAUCAAAAUUAUAUACAAAUUCAAAAGAAAAUAACAAUAAUAAUAAUAAUAAUCCCAUAAAUAUACAAACACAAAUUAAUCGACCAACAACAAUCACACUAUGGGAUUGUUCUGGUUAUAUAAAUUAUAUACCAUUAAUAUCAUAUUUUACAUCAUUAUCAACUAUUUAUAUUAUUGUAGUGGAUAUAACAAAAUUCAAUUCUACCAUCAUAAUAGAUGAUAAUAUAAAAUUAAAAAAAUCAAAUAAUUAUUUUUAUCAAUCAGUUGCUAUAUGGUUAGAUCUUUUAUUAUAUCGUUUAAAUUAUCUUAAAUUAAUAAUGAUUGUUACUAAGUGUGAUCUUAUACAAUCUACAAUAGAAUUAAAUAAUAAAAUGAAUUAUUUAUAUAAACAAACAAUGAAUUAUAUUAAAUAUAAAAAAUAUUGGUUAAAAGAACAAAUUACCCAAAUUGAAUCAUCAUUACAAAUAUCUAAAUCCAUGUUACAAUAUUAUGAACAAUUAAAUUAUAUUUAUAAUAAUUUAUAUACAUUUAUUUAUCCAAUUAUUCAAUCAUUUUCAUUCAAUAAUAAUAAUAAUGAUAAAAUCAUUUUUAAUUUCAAUCAAUUAUGUUUUAUAUCAUUUGAUUUAGCAAUUAAAACUCCAACUUAUAUACCAUAUUGUUUAACACCAUUACCAUAUAUAUGGUCAGAUAUUGAAUUAUAUUUAAAUGAUAUCAAACAUGAUUAUAAUAAUAAUAAUGAAGUGAAUACAACUAUACUACUGAAAUCUGAUUUUUGUCAUUUAUUACAAAAUAAAUUUAAUUUAAAUGUAUUAAAUUUAAAACAACUACUUAUCUAUUUAAAUAAUACAGGUAAAAUUAUAAUAUUAGACUCAUAUUCAAUGAACAAUAAUAAUCAUAAUCCUAAUAAUGAAGGGAAAUCUUAUAAUGAUCAAAUGAAAUCGCUAAUUAGACCAUAUCCAAAAUUUUAUGUAUUAAUUAAUCCUGAUUUAUUUAUUGAAUCAUUUAAAUAUUUAUUAAAUCCUUAUUUAUAUUGUAUAAUGGAUUAUAUAAAAUAUAAAAAUUUUAAUGAAAAUAUUAAUUUACCUAAAACAUUUAUUAAAGAUUUAUUAAAACAUUUUUAUACAAUUACAAAAUAUGAUGCAAUGAAUCAAUUAAUUUAUAGUUGUAAUGAAUUAAAACGUGGUACAGGUAUUAUAAGCGCUUAUUUAUGGAUUGCAUUAGUUGAAUAUAGUAAUCUUUAUAUUAUUAAAAAUAAUAUUGAAACUGGUAAAUUUUAUGUUGAAAUUAUAUGGAGAUGGUUAGAACUUGCUUAUCCAGUACCUGAACCAAAUUUAUUUAUAAAUUUUGAUUUUAAUUUAAAUAAUAAUGUAACAUUAGAUGGAUUGAAUUCAUCAAUUUGGAAAUUUAAAUAUGAUGGUUUAGUAGAUGGAGAGAAAAAAGAUUCAAGGAAGAAAUCAGCUGAAUGUACAUCAAACGUCAAUGUAGCUAAUAUAUCCACAAAUUCUGGAAAUCAGUGCGAAUUAAUUGAAUUAAUAUCAACUCCACAUUCAAGAUCUGAAAGUAACAAUCAAACAAAAGCACAUGUUUACGUCUCACCGACUGUAGCGUAUGCCACUGUUUCUAUUGGAAACAAUCCACAAUUAAACGUUUCAGCAUUAACGACUAUUCUACCUGCAAACUAUCCAUUACCACGUUAUGUUGUAGCAGCUGGUGAAAUGAGGAAUACUGGAAACAAUAACAAUAACGUGACUUCGGAUUUAGAUCGAUUACCAGAUGGAACAAUUAUUGGCACACCAAUAUUAUUGUCAGCUAAUUCUUCGAAUGGUGUUAUCGCAGGUCUUCUUCCAGAUUCUAGCAGUGCGAAUAUAAAUCCAUCCGUUACCUAUGUGAAAUUAGCUAAACCAUUCGUCGUAAGCUGUGAACAAAAAGUUGCGUUAGAUGGAUUACAUAUUAAAGAAGAUCAUCCGCUUGUUAUGGGAUCUGUUCAAAAUGUGGAUACUUCCAGUACACCAAAAACUCUAGCUACAAGUUCUUUGCGCUUGAGAACACUUCCUUCAAGACGUCAUGUUGCUAAGGAAUUUCUCGAUGAGUCUGUUCUAGCUACAAUGUCACGUUCAAGAACUCCUCUGAAUAAUAAGAUUGGUGUAAAUCAAAUUACCCAAGUUCAUAGUGAAGCGGUAAUGACUACAGCGCAUACUUUACCUAGUGGUGCAUUAGUAUCUUUAAAUCCAUCAGUUCUGUUAAUUCGAACAAGUCAACCAGUCAAGACUAUUAAUGAGGAAUGUGAAGGCGGUAUGAAUGAAAGUAACCAAUUCAAUAUUAUAACAACACUUCCUGAAUUAUUGUCUAGUAAAUCUGUUGGGACAAUGUCUACUGGAAGUGAGUUCAGUUUAUCACGCUUUUAUUAUUUAACUAAUUCACAAAAGUCUUUCGUUUAA